AAGCCGGCGCGCUCUCGCGAGAGCAGCUCAGGUGUGUCACAGGUCACGUGUGUGUGUGUUUGUAUCAGUCGGUUCUCUCUCGUCACUCAUAGAUUCUCAAAAUGGACCCAGAAGGAUCGGAACCAGCGGAACCAUAGAAAGAUGUUGGGAGGCGAUGACUCGGAGUCGAUCUGUGUGAACUGGGUUAGAGUGACAUGUGGACAGCUAACGCCACAGUGACCGGCCGCCUGUGACUCCGCUCCGCAAGUUCCUCCUCUGCCGCUCCGCCACAGCGAGGAUGAUCCUCAGCCUGGCCCACAGACCGUGGCCUGUCUUCUGCAGAGUGUCCCUGCAGCACCGGGCGUCCCAGCCCCCGCGGAGCCCCGGGUUCCCCCUGCUGUGCUCCGGUUGGCAGAGCAGAAGCAUACACAACCUGUGGUUCAGCCUGCCAGACUGCAGAGUUGCGUCUUUAGGACUGGGGAAGGUGCAGUACUACUCUUCAUCUGGUGACAGUAAAGACGGUCCUCCAAAACCACCAUUGAGUGAUGCUCCAUCAACCGAGAAGACCUCUCCUGGUGCUGCAAAAGGCCCCCUGCCUACAUUAGCUUUCACACCUCAGGGCCUGACUAAAGCUGAGACCAUUCAAGUGAAAGUUCGGGCAGUGCUGAAAAAAAGGGAAUAUGGAGCCAAGUACACUCAGAACAAUUUCAUCACAGCAGUCAGAGCCAUGAAUGAGUUCUGCCUCAAACCAAGUGAUGUGGAGCAACUUCGGAAGAUCAGGAGACGCAGCCCCCACGACGACACAGAGGCUUUCACUGUGUUCCUGCGGUCAGAUGUCGAGGCCAAAGCACUGGACGUGUGGGGAAGCCAGGAAGCUUUAGCCCGAGAGAAAAAUGUCAGGAAAGAAGUGGAGAGAGAGUUCCAAGAGAAUAUAUUUCGGAACCAACAGUUGUUGAAGGAAUACAAAGACUUCUGGGGAAACACGAAGCCUCGAUCAGGCAAGAGGACGACUUUUCUGCAAGGGCCGGGGAAGGUGGUCAUGGUCGCUAUAUGCAUCAAUGGGCUGAACUUCUUCUUCAAGCUCCUGGCAUGGGUCUACACCGGGUCGGCCAGCAUGUUCUCCGAGGCCAUCCACUCUCUGGCCGACACCUGCAACCAGGGUCUGCUCGCCUUGGGAAUCAGCCAGUCGGUCCGCAACCCGGACGCCGUGCACCCGUAUGGCUUCUCCAACAUGCGCUACAUCGCCUCCCUCAUUAGUGGCGUGGGCAUUUUUAUGAUGGGAGCAGGCCUCUCCUGGUACCACGGCAUCAUGGGAUUGCUGCACCCGGAGCCCAUUGAGUCAUUGUUAUGGGCUUACUGUAUCCUGGCGGGCUCGCUGGUGUCUGAAGGAGCCACGCUGCUAGUCGCCAUCAAUGAGAUAAAGAAGAGUGCCCUUCAUCAUGGACUGUCAUUUUAUGAAUAUGUGAUGCAGAGUCGAGACCCCAGUACUAACGUGGUUCUGCUGGAGGACGCUGCUGCUGUGAUAGGAGUCAUCAUGGCUGCUAGCUGCAUGGGACUCACCUCACUCACAGGUAACCCGUACUACGACAGUUUGGGUUCUCUCUGUGUAGGCACGCUGCUGGGCGCCGUCUCAGCCUUCCUCAUCUACACCAACACAGAGGCCCUGCUGGGACGCUCCAUACAGGCUGAACGUGUGCAGAGGCUCACAGAGUUCCUGGAGAACGACCCUGCUGUAAGAGCCAUCCACGAUGUAAAGGCCACUGACAUGGGGCUGAGUAAAGUUCGCUUCAAGGCUGAAGUUGAUUUUGACGGCCGAGUGGUGACACGGUCGUAUCUAGAAAAACAAGACAUUGACCAAAUCCUUCAUGACAUUCAGCAAGUGAAGACGCCUGAGGAACUAGAGAACUUUAUGCUGAAACACGGGGAGAACAUCAUCGACACGCUGGGAGCUGAGGUGGACCGCUUGGAGAAAGAACUCAAGCAACGUAACCCAGACGUUCGUCACGUAGACUUGGAGAUUCUAUAAUAUCUCCCGGUGUCUGCUGAGGGAACAUCCUGCUGUAUGGAGAAGAGAAGGUGAAAGGACGGCCGAGUCCACCUCCUCGAUCUGCCUCCCAUUCUGACCACCUCAUAACAAGCGUCCGUCUCUGCACAAAUCAUCAAGUCUUAUUGUAGAAUAGUCCAGAAUCAUGCGUACACGAGGACGACGUUCAGGCUUCUUUCAUGUUGCCUGAACUUCAGUUAGCGACACCCAGAGUUCAGCCUGCCACAGAUUCUCUCACACAUUCAGAUGUGGCUGUUUCUGGUUAAAGACUAAAGGAACUGUCAUUAGUCUCGUUGGAUUGUCAGAGAAAAUUAAAGUCAGGGUUUUAUUUUACACAGAUUAGACAGUUUAGUCUUGUGGUUGUUUGCUUGAACUCGCAUUCCUCCGUGAAUUUAUCUGGAUUUAUCAAACUCAGUCUAAAGCAGGACCAGUAUCUCUUCAUAGACUUGUACUCUGAUGUUAUGCUUGAACCACAGUGAUAGUGUUUCCUUCAUUAGUACAAGGAAACCUGAAAGCUACAUACUGAAGCUUAUUUAAUUGGUAGACAAUAUUAUAUUUUUCUUCUUUUAAUGUAAAAGCUGAGGAGCUGAAGUCACGAAGCUGCUGCAGCUUCUCUAGAGAUGACAGAAAUUAUGGUGAAUAGAUUUUAUUGACAGGACAGAAAAUUAUGCAAAGUAAAGAUAGUUGGUUUCACUUGAUUUGUUUGAUAGAGCUGAGGACUGAGCUGAUGUUUAAUACAAUAGCUUAUGCAAAAACAAAAGGCUAUAAGAAAACUAGAAUAUCAUAUUCCUGUGGCAUUACAAAGACAAAUUGAAAGUUUAACUAAAAAAGUUUAUUGAUUAACUAUUUACUGGACAUGUUUAUCUUUGCAGAAGGUCAAAUAUUAAGAGUGAACAUCUUCAUGUCACCAUGACAUGAUAUUUGAGGCAGUGUCCUCUCUUCCUCCACAAAGCUCCUGAACGUUAUCAUUUGAGCUUUGGUUACUUUGACUUGUGAGGUUGUGAGAGCUGAUCAGCAGAUCAUUGAUUGUAGUGAAGAUGAAGAAGAGGAGGAUGCACUUAGUGUAAAUAAGCAGCUGAUGAUGACGAAAACAAAAAAGCACCAAACAAACGGCCCCAGGUUUUAAUCCAGUCCCUACAUUAUAAUAACGUUGUUUUAAUCAUAUAGGAUGUCGCCCUGAACACUUCAUGUACCAAAGUUAAUAACCUCCCACUUUGUGUUUCUGCUGUUUAAAGCGACACAGACUGAUUGUGUGUUUGUUUUCAGCACAAUCACAUCUGUCUAAACGUGUUCCCUUGCUUCAGGAGGUGGGCCACAGUCAUUUCAACGUUAUCGGUAGGGUGGACAUAUAUUUUUGAAGGUGUUAAUAAUUUAAUAUUUACCUUUUGGUUACGAUGAAAUCGCAGCUGCUGAAGAAGUUGGAAUAAAUCUGAAGUAAUUUAUUAAAAAUAUUUUGCUUUGCCUCU